CAUUUCAUACCUGAUUGGAAUCAUAUCUGCCAUUACUUGCCCUAACGAAGUGAAAGUACGGAAAAACGGAGCCAUAACUAGUAGGUCUGCGAAGGAUAAUGGGAAUACGUUCGUUGAUUCUCGUAUUGUUAGAGUUGAGGGUUCGAUCACUCAAUCGUUCAACACUCGAUAAACUUCCCGAACUAGAUCCUUUGGACAUUUCCAAUUCAUUCAAUCAGGCCAAUUAACAUUCUCGUUUAAUAGACGCAAUUAAAUGUCCUGGCAGAUUUACAUGUAAUGGUACAACAUCAAAACAUUAACGACUGAUAACACUUAUUCAUUGAAUAGUGUACGUAGUCAAUUUGUGACAAAUCUAUGGGGGAAAACAAGGCAGUCUUGAACUGGAAUGGUGUAGAAAUGAUUGAUAAGCAGAGAUAAAAAUAAUGUGAAUUGUAUUCUUGGGGUACUUAUAAAUUAUUCCCACGGUGCGUAUUCAUGGAAUCCUGUGUGGAACUGAUUUAUUUGAUCUGGACUUAGCGCAAAAUUUUCCUUGAAUUCACAAAUAUUUAUUCAUGUUCCUAUCCGUUUCGCGUAUUUAUCAUGAGACUGUUUCAGUGUUCUAACGAUUAAAGCAUAGGAAUUGUUUGCUCCAAACCAAUUUUAGCAGAAUUUUCACACAAUUUGAAUUGACAAAAAAUAUUUAGUAUUGAUGGAAGAAGUGUGAUUGCAAAAAUGCGUCAGUUUCAACACAUGAUACAAUGAAUACUAACUAAUGUAUUCAUUGUAUCAUGGUUUCAACAGAACCUGUGAACUUCCUAUGACUAAUUCGGCAGUUAAACGUGGUUCGUCAUUAGAAUAUGUUUCCGAUGCUGGUAAAUCACCGAUCUUGUCGAUAAAAAUAGGCGUGUUAUUCCUCGCUGACCCCAAAGUGUAUUGUUAACGUACAAAUAGACAUACUCAGAUGCACCAUCAAAGAUGCCAUUGCAAUCAACUGCUAGUUCUACUCAAUCUGUUAACGAAAUUCGCGUUUUCAAAUACAGAUGGGUGAUCGUAACAAUAUUUGUAUUAGUCUCUGUGGUGAAUUUCAUGCAACUGCUCCAGUUUUCCAUCAUUGCUGAUACCAUGACCAAGUUUUACAAUGUGCCGGGAUACUUAGUUGAUUUCACGACGAUAAUAUUUUUCCUUUCCUACAUCUUGUUCUUCUACCCCGUCAGUUUCCUGAUAGAGAAACACAAACUUAAACUGACCAUCCUGGUGGCUACAGGAUUAACACUGGUAGGAAACUUGCUGAAACUGCUUGCUUCCACUUCGGAUCGCAUUUGGGUGGUCUUAGUAGCUCAGUUUCUGAUCGGCAUUGGGCAGGUUCAAAUCUGCAGUUUACCCUCAAAGCUUGCCACCACCUGGUUUGGAGCCGAAGAAGUGUCCACAGCAUGUGCUAUUGCUGUUUUAGGAAUGCAACUUGGUUCCGCUUUAGGUUGCGUGCAAUCGCCAUUCAUUGUAAGAAGCGAAGAAGUAGAUGAAGUGGGACAAGAGCUUUUCAAUAUGUUUUUAUAUCAAGCCAUCAUAACUGGCUGCAUAUUUGGUGUGGUUGCAAUAUUUUUCAGGUCGAGUCCCAGUUUGCCUCCAAGCCAAUCGCAGCUGAAUCUCCUGGCAAUGGCCAGCAGCAAUGGAACUACAGCAACGUUUUUCACUCACAUGAAAAACGUCGCUAAAAAUGCGAAUUUCUGGUAUAUUGUCCUAUCCUUAGGAUUGGCGAAUGGGGUUUGGAACUCCUUCGGAGUGCUACUGAACUCUAUAUAUCUCAACUAUUUCCCAAAUGGUAAGACUGAUGCUGGGAUAAUAGCACUGAUUACUAUAAUAUCCGGUGGUUGUAUUGGAAGCAUGUUUUUUGGAAUCAUACUGGAUAGAACCCAUCAGUUUAA